AUGUUUUCUUUCCUUUUUUCUCCUUCCCCUAUCUAUUUUCCUUUUUUCUCCCUCCCCUAUCUAUUUUCCUUUUUUCUCCCUCCCCUAUCUAUUUUCCUUUUUUCUCCCUCCCCUAUCUAUUUUCCUUUUUUCUCCCUCCCCUAUCUAUUUUCCUUUUUUCUCCCUCCCCUAUCUAUUUUCCUUUUUUCUCCCUCCCCUAUCUAUUUUCCUUUUUUCUCCCUCCCCUAUCUAUUUUCCUUUUUUUUUUCUCCUUCCCUAUCUAUUUUCCUUUUUCUCCUCCCCUAUCUAUUUUCCUUUUUUUUCCUCCCCUAUCUAUUUUCCUUUUUUCUCCCCCUAUCUAUUUUCCUUUUUUUCUCCCUCCCUAUCUAUUUUCCUUUUUCUCCUCCUCCCUAUCUAUUUUCCUUUUUCUCCCUCCCUAUCUAUUUUCCUUUUUUCCCUCCCUAUCUAUUUUCCUUUUUUUCCCUCCCAUCUAUUUUCCUUUUUCUCCUCCCCAUCUUUUUUUUCUUUUUUCUCCCUCCCUUUUUUUUUUUCUUUUUCUCCCCUCCCGCAUCUUUUCUUUCUUUUUUCUCCUCCACAUAUCUUUUCUUUCUUUUUUUCUCCUCCACAUAUCUUUUCUUUCUUUUUUCUCCUCCACAUAUCUUUUCUUUUUUUUUUCUCCUCCAUUCUUUUUUUCUCCUCCACAUCUUUUUUCUCCUCCACAUCUUCUUUUUCCUCCACAUCUUCUUCUUUUCUCCUCCACAUCUUCUUUUUUCUCCUCCACAUCUUCUUUUUUCUCCUCCACAUCUUCUUUUUUCUCCUCCACAUCUUCUUUUUUCUCCUCCACAUCUUCUUUUUUCUCCUCCACAUCUUCUUUUUUCUCCUCCACAUCUUCUUUUUUCUCCUCCACAUCUUCUAUUUCUUCCUUUUUUCUCCUCCACAUCUUCUUUUUUCUCCUCCACAUCUUCUUUUUUCUCCUCCACAUCUUCUUUUUUUUCUCCUCCACAUUUUCUUUUCUCCUCCACAUCUUCUAUUUCUUCCUUUUUUCUCCUCCACAUCUUCUUUUUUCUCCUCCACAUCUUCUUUUUUCUCCUCCACAUCUUCUAUUUCUUCCUUUUUUCUCCUCCACAUAUCUUUUCUUUCUUUUUUCUCCUCCACAUAUCUUUUCUUUCUUUUUUCUCCUCCACAUCUUCUAUUUCUUCCUCCCAUAUCUUUUCUUUCUUUUUUUCUCUCCCUCCUGUAUGUUUUCUUUCUUUUUUCUCUCUCCCUCCCCUAUCUAUUUUCCUUCUUUCUCCCUCCCACAUCUUUUCUUUCUCCCUUCCAUAUCUUUUUUCCUUUUUUUUCACUCCCGUAUCUUUUCUCCCUCCCGUAUCUUUUCUUUCUUUUUUUUUUUUCUCACUCCCACAUCUUUUCUUUCUUUUUUUUUUCUCCCUCUCAUAUCUUUUUCUUUCUUUCUUUUUUUUUUCUCCCUCUCAUAUCUUUUUUUUCUUUCUUUCUUUUUUCUCCCUCUCAUAUCUUUUCUAA